CCGCUAUCUCAACAAAACGGGCGUAAACAACAACAAAACAAACAGAAUAAAGAAAUUCUAGUUAACGUUGAUAAUAAACACUUAAUUUAUAGCCGUUGUUGUGGUUAUGCACAUACAUAUGUAUAUUCUAUAUACAUUGUAGAUAUCGGUCAGCUAAUCUCAUUGGGGCUGGGUUGGUUACUGCCAUUGUUCCAGCACAGUUUACUUUCAAUUUUCCUUUAGUAAAGAGUCACUUUAAAGAGAAUUCCCCAAGUGCCAUGUCGGACUCCUUUUUCCAUAUGGGUCAGGAAACCCACGCAGUUCCUAUGACACUCUUUAAGAAUAACAGAGAUCGGGCUACAAAAGCAAUUGUGGAAGAACUACUACCUGGACUGAAAUUUCAGUCGGGUAAUCUAAUCGUCUUGUUGGAGGGCGGCAAGGACAAAAGUUUCUACAAUACAGAUGUCGACUAUGUCUUUCGUCAGGAGUCGUACUUUCAGUAUCUGUUCGGCGUGAAGGAGCCAGGCUGCUAUGCUCUACUUACCAUUGAUGUGAAAACGGGUGAACAGAAGAGUGUGCUCUUUGUGCCCCGCUUGCCGGAGGACUAUGAGACCUGGAUGGGGCAGCUAUUGAAGCCUGAUGAAUUUAAGAACAUGUAUAAAGUCGAUGAAGUUCACUACGAAGACGAUCUAUCCAGCUAUUUGGAGCGAGCUGCACCAAAGCUUAUACUUACAUUGAGUGGCGUAAACAGCGACAGUGGUCUCACCUUACAGCCGCCAGAAUUCGCGAGCAAAGACAAAUAUGAGACCGAUUGUGAGCUGCUUUAUCCGAUAUUGUCCGAGUGUCGCGUAAUCAAAUCACCAGAGGAAAUUGAAGUAUUGCGCUAUGUGGCCAGGGUUUCAUCGAAUGCCCACAUUGAAGUGAUGAAGUUUAUCCGGCCUGGACAUAUGGAAUACCAGGGAGAGUCGGUCUUUUUGCACAAUGCCUAUUCCGUGGGAGGCUGCCGUCAUGCCUCCUACACUUGCAUCUGCGGCAGCGGUACCAAUUCCUCCAUUUUGCACUACGGCCACGCUGGUGCCCCAAAUGACCGUCCCAUUCAGGAUGGCGACAUGUGCUUGUUUGAUAUGGGAGCAAAUUAUUGCGGCUAUGCUGCCGACAUCACUUGCUCCUUUCCGGCCAAUGGUAAGUUCACGGAGGAUCAGAAGUUUAUCUAUAAUGCCGUACUCGAUGCACGUAAUGCUGUCCUGGAAUCAGCUCGCGAUGGCGUCAGUUGGGUGGACAUGCACAAGCUGUCUGGAAAGGUGAUGUUACAGCGCCUCAAGGAGGGUGGAAUGCUCAAAGGAGAUGUGGAUGAAAUGCUGGCAGCGGGAUUGUCGGGUAUUUUUCAGCCCCAUGGUCUUGGACACUUGUUGGGGCUGGAUGUUCACGAUGUGGGUGGCUAUCUACCAACCGAACCAAGACGUCCAAGCGAACCUUGGCUCAGUAGGCUUCGCUUUGCCCGUAUUCUCAAAGCAGGAAUGUACGUUACUGUGGAGCCGGGCUGUUAUUUCAUAAAACGGCUCAUGGACAAAGCUCUGGCCGAUCCGGCACUAGCCAAGUUCAUCAAUGUCGAUGUGUUCAAUCGUUUCCGCGGCUUUGGCGGUGUCCGCAUUGAAGAUGAUGUCCUGAUUACCAAAAAUGGUACUGAAAAUUUCACUUUCGUUCCACGUACCAUCCAGGAAAUCGAGAAUACCAUGGGCUUAAAUGCAAACAAUUAAACCAGAUGGAUUGCCCAUCGAUUUACAAACAUUAUACAUAUAUAUAUAUCAUUAUCAUAAUCAAAUUAUGACAAUAUGUUAAACGGGAACAUGUGAUCCUUAUGCAGGAAUAAAUGAAACUUUUUUGUCACUUA